AUGUGUCCUGCCGGGGUACUGCUGGUCGUCUGUGGCCUCGUCCUGGGUGCCACGGGGGACCCUUCGCAAGAUUUUUGUUCCCAGAUCCUUAACUCGGGUGUGAAGCCAGGAUUUCCCAAGACUAUCAAGACCAACGACCCGGACGUCCUCAGGGCAGCCAGACACAGCGCCGAGAGCUUCAACAACUGCAGCAACGACGCCUUCCUGUUCCGGGAGUCACACAUCAGCAGAGCCCUCGUCCAGAUAGUGAAGGGCCUGAAGUUCAUGCUGGACCUGGACAUCAGCAGAACCAGCUGCAAGAAGACCAGGCACUCGAGCCUGGACGACUGCAGCUUCCAGACCAACCGCACCCUGAAGCAGACUCUCAGCUGCUACUCUGAAGUCUGGGUCAUCCCCUGGCUCCAGAGCUUCAAGGUGCCUGUCCUCCGCUGUCACUGA